CAAUAUCUAAACAUUGAAGGCAAAACAUGGUUCGCAGAUAAAACGGGCACGGCAGCAAUUUGGAUUGUGAACACAAAGAACGUUACCGUCAACAACAGCGGAAGUGGAGCAGGUUUUGUCUGGAUCCAAACCCCCACAACCUACUUGAUGAGCGUCUAUCUCUCACCUAACGAAGGGAUUAGUAAGCUCGAUCCAGAGGCACUGCGAGCUUCACUUGCAAAGAGCUGUUCUACCCUACAGAACAACCCGACUCCGGAUACUCGCAGCGAGACAGAAAGGACAGUGCUAAAUAUAAUGAAGGAGAUUUCUGCCGCAUGUGACGCCUCUAUGCCACGAUUGAAAAACCGGAGUUUUCACAGGCCGGCGUAUUGGUGGUCAACAGACAUAGCAAAACUUCGCAAAAUAUGCCAUCAACUA